AUGAGGAGACUAAUGUCUAAUAUUCUCAUCUUAUCUAUGUUUUCAUUAAUAAUUUUUGAUAUUUUUGGCUGCUCGCCUUUGUUUCGAGCCAGAAUACUUUUUUGCUAUUGACAAUUUUGAAAAAUGACUAUAUUACCAAAAAUUUUAACUAUAAAACUUCAAUUAAAACUUAAAAAUAUUUAG